UCCAUCCCCUCCACCACACCAUCACUCCCUCAACUCUCUCUAAUUAAUACUCUCUUUGCUCCCUUCCUCCAUGGCCACCGAUCACAAAGCCCCGCCGCCGGGCAAGCCCGCCGCCCUCCACCUCCAACAACAACCAACCCACCACCCCUCCGCAAGAUCGCCGCCGUCGCCUCCAUCGCCGCCGGCAUCCAGUUCGGCUGGGCCCUCCAGCUCUCCCUCCUCACCCCGUACGUCCAGCUCCUCGGCAUCCCGCACUCCCUCGCCUCCCUAAUCUGGCUCUGCGGCCCCGUCUCCGGCAUGAUCGUCCAGCCCAUCGUCGGCUACCACAGCGACCGCUGCACCUCCCGCUUCGGCCGCCGCCGCCCCUUCAUCGCCGGCGGCACCGCCUGCGUCGCCGUCGCCGUCAUCCUCAUCGGCUACGCCGCCGACAUCGGCCACCACGCCGGCGACGACCUCACCAAAAAGUCAAAACCCCGCGCCAUCGCCGUCUUCGUCGUCGGGUUCUGGAUCCUCGACGUCGCCAACAACAUGCUCCAGGGCCCCUGCCGCGCCCUUCUCGCCGACCUCUCCGGGACCAGCCAGAAGAAGACGAGGGUCGCCAAUGCCUUCUUCUCGUUCUUCAUGGCCGUCGGCAACAUCCUUGGUUACGCCGCCGGCAGCUAUAAUCAUCUUUAUAAAAUCUUCUCAUUUACCAAAACGACGGCGUGUGAUGUGUACUGCGCGAAUCUCAAGGCCUGCUUUUUCAUCUCCAUCAGCCUUCUCUUCGUUUUGACCGUUUUAGCCCUCUGGUACGUGGAGGAGAAGCAGUGGUCGCCGGAGGCGGCGGCGGACGGGGAGGAGGCGUCGGUGUCGGAGCCGAUGUUCUGCGAGCUGUUCUCGGCGAUCAAGACGAUGAAGAGGCCGAUGUGCAUCCUGCUGCUGGUGACGUGUCUGAACUGGAUUGGGUGGUUCCCGUUCCUGCUGUACGACACGGACUGGAUGGGCCGGGAGGUGUACGGCGGGAGCUCGGACGGGAACCCGGAGCAGGUGAAGAUGUACGGGCACGGGGUGCGGGCCGGGGCGUUGGGCCUGCUUUUGAACUCGGUGGUGUUGGGCAUCAUGUCGCUCGGGGUCGAGUCGCUGGGCCGGUGGGUCGGCGGGGUGAAGAGGCUGUGGGGGAUAGUCAACUUUUUGCUGGCGAUCUGCCUGGCGUUGACCGUUUUGAUCAGUAAGCUGGCGGAGGCGGGUCGGGCGUCGGCGGAGCACCCGACUCCGCCGUCCACCGGGGUUUUGGCCGGGGCUUUGACUCUCUUCUCCGUCUUGGGUAUCCCGCUUGCGAUAACUUACAGUAUCCCGUUCGCUCUGGCUUCUAUCUUUUCUCAGACCACCGGUACCGGUCAAGGUUUGUCGUUGGGAGUUCUCAAUCUAUCCAUCGUUGUACCACAGGUAAUGGGUUCUUUUCCCCUCUUUUUGACGUUGUACAUGUUCUGUUCACACAAUCUAAAAUUUCGAAUGCAUGCAUUAGCAUUAUAACGAUUGCUACGGUGUAGAAACUAUCGACGUAUUAAUCGGAAUGGUGUCGAUGGGGGCAAAUGUCAAACAUUUUUUUGUGGGUUAGGAUUAAAUAAAUGUGGGGACUAUGACUGAGAAAUGGAAGAUGGGUUAGGAAAAAAGACUUAGAAACGUCCUCUGAUUUCCUUGUCAUGAAGGUGGUUAGUUUCAUUGUGUCUCCCCACUAGAGAAAGGUCGGUCGGUCGAAAUAAAUUUGAAGGGUAAGGUGGCACAUAUACACGUGGAGGAAAAGCUUAUGUAUGAAAAGGGUUAAGAGAAUUCAAUGUUACACUUUAACUUUCUUUGGUUUAGAGAACAAGUUUUUUAAUAGGAACAUAAGCAAAUCUCUUUCUCUUUUUCUUUUUGGUUGGUUGGUUGGCUUUUUGAGAAGAAGGUUGUAGGGAAAAGGUACCUAUCUAAUAUAUAUUGUUUGAUUUGGGCUUUUUGAGCUUUUUGGUCGGUUACCGUUAAGAACAAGUAACCUUGUAUCAAAAGGGCUGAUUAGCAAAGUCUUUGUCAUUAUGAUACAUCUUUCCUCACCAAAUAAUAACGACUUCAUUCGAUUCGAGUUGAUUUAACGAGGGAGGUUAAUUAGUUUUCAAGUAGUAUCAAAAGGAUUCUCUCCUGGGCGAACUCUUGCGUAUUAAGUAUUUCGUAACAGAACAUUCACCGUCGAUCGUGGUGACUAAUUUAUCUCUUGGAUCAAACGGCUGAUUUAACUAUAUCACAAUCCUAAAGCGGUUUAAGUCAUUAAAAAGGCUAAAAUGGGCCUAGAUUGGAACCACGGCUAGCUAAGCGAGUAUCUUGGAUAUGUUUUAGAAUUAGGAUAAAAGACGGAAUAUAUUCUCUGGGCCCAAUAUUAAAGUAUUUUGAUUCUAUUUGUUUGCUGGCCCAUCGUAAAUUUUCCAAACAGUGAAAAAACCCAUUGCUUUAUAACUAAGAAAAAGGGAUAGGGUAUAAGUUUCAACACUUAACUAGGAAUAUUUACGGUCGGAUUUAAUUGUGUUUUUGUCGUUUUUCUGCUUGCAGAUGAUAGUUUCGGUGUUGAGUGGACCUUGGGACGCGCUGUUCGGCGGAGGGAACUUACCGGCGUUCGUGGUCGGAGCGGUGGCGGCGGCAGCCAGUGGAAUACUCUCGCUCACUUUACUCCCAUCUCCACCGCCGGAUAUCCCGACGACCAAAACGACCCUCGCCGGCUUCCAUUAAAAACCCACCCUCCUCCUUUUGUGUUCUCCCCCCAUGUAUUAGCACAUAGUAUAUAUAUGGCCUUAAAGCUUUGAAUUUCUCCCAUUUUACUAUAAAAAAGAAUGGAAAAAUGGUGAAGGAAAUUCCAUCCCCCAAAAAAAAGGCCAUAUGUAUACUAUAGUUUGUAAUAAAAAGGUGAUGAAGAUGAUGAAGAAAACAUGGUGACUAAAAAAAAAAAAAAAGAGUUUGUGGCCAUUAAUUUGUGGGUAUUUCAGUAAAUUAGUGGCUUUGCCUUCUGGGUUUGUUGUACAACAAUAUUGAACAUAUGCUCUGAAUUUAGAGAGCCAUCAACUUUCAUAUAUAUCAUCAUAUAUGUAAGCAGAGUAUAAAAAACAGCCAUGUUUAUAUAUUCUCCCUUUUGUAUGCAUUUGUAAUGAAGAGAGAUCUCUUUUUCUUUCUUGUACUGUAAUAAUGUUACUCAGGAAAUGGAUAACUGAAGUCGAUUUUCAUUUUGAGAGAG